AUGUUCGUAAAAUAUUUAUUGUGCCUCAUAUUAAUAAUUAAAUCAAUCGAAUCUAAAAUUUCAAUAGACAUCGACACUGGCAUCGACAAUCCGGAUAUAACGGUUACGUAUGCAGGUGUGCAAGUUGAUCUGAUAUCCGACGAUGACGUCACUAAGUUUAAUAUCGACGAUGACAAUUUGAAGGAUGCAGUGCGAACGUAUUUCGGGAAGAGUCCGUCCGGAGUCUACUUGAAAAGUCCAACGCCAUGGGGCGAUCUGUACAAGAAGUACAAAUUCGAACAGGUCAGUAGGGUGUUAUCAGUGAAAUCGGCGCGACUCAAAUCGAUAACCAAGAACCCGGCUAUAAUCACUACGCAGGACUUUGAGAACGCCUCCAAUAAAACGAUCAAAGUGAACACCGGUAUCACGCACACAGUCGAAAAUACUUUAACCACAACAUGGACUGAGGAUAAGGCAUUCUCAAUAACUCAAGAGAUUGAGUAUGAUAUAAACGUAAUGUUCACCAAAGUGAGCGGUAAGACAGGCUUCUCGUACACGUCUACUUGGGGCAAGAGCGAAGAGGUCACUGAAUCAAUCACAAUCGGCGCCAGCACUGGUAUGGAAGCGGAGUUACAGCCGGGUCAGGCGAUCACAGCCGUUUUAUCGGCAUACACCGGGGUCUUGGAAGUGGAGGUCGUGUACGGUCUGUCGCUGAGGGGGAAUGUGGUGGUGAACUUCAAGAGGUCCCACAACGGACACCACUUCUGGGGACCGCCGAUACAGAAAAUUUUAACCAGCGCCGGUGUAACCAAUGAGUUCACAGCGAUGGAAACCAUAAGUUUCGGUUUCAAUGUAGACGCGUCUUUAAAAGUUUUCGACAGGGAGACCGGAAAGCCUUUGUAA